AAUGUUUUCGAUUUAGUGUCCGGCAACUAUUUGUGUUUAUAAAACAUACCAAAAUAAAGAAAAACAAAAGAAAUGAAUUUAAAUGUAACAUGUAAUUAAAAAAACAAGUGAAAAAUGUCGACUUCAAUGUCCUCUGUCGUGUGUUUAAGGGCGGCCAAAGGUGACCGUGAACAAAGCAGACAAAAAACAAUGUCUAGAAACUAGAAAUUUGUACCGCGCCGCGCCUUCCCCCUUUCUCCGCACCGCACCACCACCUCCACCGCCAAAAAAAUAAAAAUAUUAAUAUAAAUCUAAUAAAAAUAAAAUCAAAAAAUUAAUUAAUACAAAUCACAGCACAAGUGGAGCAGUAUUAGCUCACAAGUCUCGGCUCAAAGAUGCAGGCCAAGAAGCGCUAUAUUCUUGUCUUUGUCUCCUGCGCCUUCCUGGCCUAUGCCUAUUUCGGUGGCUAUCGCCUGAAAGUCUCGCCACAUCGUCCGCGUCGAGCCCAACACGAAUCGGCCAAGGAUGGCGGCGGAAUGCAGCCCAAUUAUGCCCAAUUGCCCAGCUCUUUAACCCACCUAGAACUCGAACCGAUAAGUAGCACCAGCAAUGGGAGUAGCAGCCUCAAACAGUUCCAGUUCCCAUCCCAAUCGAAGCGCGGAUCCAAUGCAGCGUUAACCUGCCGCAUGGAGACCUGUUUCGAUUUCACCAAAUGCUUCGAACAAUUCCUUGUCUAUGUAUACCCGCCGGAGCCGUUGAAUUCUCUGGGCGCUGCACCGCCCACAUCGGCCAACUAUCAAAAGAUACUCACUGCCAUUCAGGAGUCUCGCUAUUAUACUACAGAUCCCUCGAUUGCCUGCCUCUUUGUGCUGGCCAUCGAUACCCUGGAUCGUGAUUCCCUAUCAGAGGACUAUGUACGAAAUGUGCCAUCGCGUUUGGCGCGUCUGCCUCAUUGGAAUAAUGGUCGCAAUCAUAUCAUAUUUAAUUUAUAUUCCGGCACUUGGCCAGAUUAUGCGGAACAUUCGUUGGGCUUCGAUGCCGGCGAGGCCAUUUUGGCCAAGGCCAGCAUGAGUGUGCUCCAGCUGCGUCCUGGCUUUGAUGUCAGCAUUCCGCUGUUCCACAAACAGUUUCCAUUACGUGCCGGCGCCACAGGUUCAGUGCAAUCGAACAAUUUUCCAGCCAACAAGAAAUAUUUGUUGGCCUUCAAGGGCAAACGUUAUGUGCAUGGCAUUGGAUCGGAAACCCGCAACUCACUUUUCCAUUUGCAUAAUGGACGCGAUAUGGUCCUGGUCACCACCUGUCGGCAUGGCAAGAGUUGGCGUGAGCUGCAGGACAAUCGAUGUGAUGAGGAUAACCGGGAGUAUGAUAGAUACGACUACGAGACUUUGCUGCAGAAUUCCACAUUUUGUUUGGUGCCGCGUGGACGUCGUUUGGGUUCCUUUAGAUUUCUGGAAGCCUUGCAGGCUGGUUGCAUUCCUGUGCUAUUGUCCAAUGCAUGGGUGUUGCCAUUUGAAUCGAAAAUCGAUUGGAAACAGGCCGCCAUUUGGGCCGAUGAGCGACUUUUGCUGCAGGUGCCUGAUAUCGUACGCUCCAUUUCAGCGGAACGCAUCUUUGCCCUACGACAGCAGACACAAGUCCUGUGGGAACGUUAUUUCGGUUCCAUUGAGAAAAUCGUCUUCACAACAUUUGAGAUCAUUCGCGAACGUUUGCCGGAUUAUCCUGAACGUAGUAGCCUGAUAUGGAAUAGUUCACCCGGCGCUUUACUCACCCUACCCACAUUUGCCGAUAGUUCAAGAUUCAUGCCAUUUCUACUCAAUUCGUUGGGUGCGGAGCCGCGCCACAACUACACGGCGGUUAUCUAUGUACAAAUUGGCGCUGCCUUGGGCCCAAAUGCUGCUCUCUAUAAACUAGUCAAGACCAUUACAAAAAGCCAAUUUGUGGAUAGAAUACUCGUUUUAUGGGCCGCUGAUCGGCCUCUGCCAUUAAAGAAGCGUUGGCCACCCACCUAUCACAUACCCUUGCAUGUGAUUGCCCUAGCCGGACGAAAUGCAGCAGCUGCUGCUGCUGCUGCUUCUGGCCAUAAUGCCAUACCCACUCAUGGCCAGACGACUGAAGGACGACCGAGCAUAUCUCAACGUUUCCUUCCAUACGAUGAGAUACAAACAGAUGCUGUUCUAUCGCUAGAUGAAGAUGCCAUACUCAAUACGGAUGAAUUGGAUUUUGCCUAUACCGUAUGGAGAGAUUUUCCUGAACGAAUUGUUGGCUAUCCAGCACGAGCGCAUUUCUGGGAUGAUUCAAAGAACGCCUGGGGUUAUACGUCCAAAUGGACAAACUACUAUUCAAUUGUGUUAACUGGCGCGGCUUUUUACCACCGCUACUACAAUUACUUGUAUACCAAUUGGCUGUCGUUGCUGCUAUUAAAGACUGUACAGCAAUCCUCGAAUUGUGAGGAUAUCCUAAUGAAUUUGCUGGUCUCGCAUGUGACCAGAAAACCGCCGAUUAAAGUGACGCAGCGCAAGGGUUACAAGGAUCGGGAGACGGGUCGUUCGCCAUGGAAUGAUCCAGAUCAUUUUAUACAACGGCAAAGCUGUUUAAAUACAUUCGCGGCAGUCUUUGGUUACAUGCCGCUAAUACGUUCCAAUCUGCGAAUGGAUCCCAUGUUAUAUCGUGAUCCAGUUUCCAAUUUACGUAAAAAAUAUCGUCAAAUUGAGCUGGUCGGCAGCUAGCGAUAUGUGCAUCAUUCUGGCAAUAGCUACAAGCGUUAAGAGUACUGAAACAUGACACCAACACCCCACACACAAACACACACACACACACAUACACCCACAUCCAACCGCUGUUUAUUGACGCUGGCCAAAGCGACGCAAAAAAAAAUAGAAGCAAAAUAGAAGAGAUAAAAAGUAAAACUAUGUUAAUUAUUAUUAGUAGCAAAAAGGAAAAAAGUUAGUUAGGAUAUAUCAAGCGUAUACAUAUAUGUAUAUAUGUAUGUGGAUGUGUUAGUCAUAAGCGUUGCAAUUAUAUGCAUAUACUAUAUAUGUAUGUAUAUGUGUAUAUACAAUAUAUAGACUAGCCACACAUCUAGCCUCUAGUUAUCAUCUGCAAGCAAAUUGCCAUUCUAUAUAAUAUUUCUAGUUCUAGUUUUUUUUGUUAGUUUGCUAAUUUCAAAUUAGCUUACGCAAGGAAAGAAAGAAAGAAAAAUGAUCAAGUUUUCGAUAUAUAUACUUAUAUAUAUAUAUCACUAAGAAUAUAUGUUAAUAUAUGUACGUACGUAUUGGAUAAGUAGCUGGAUUUUUUUGUACUGUGUGAAUUUGAGUUUUUGUAUGUGUAUAUUAAGCGAAUGUGUUUGUAUGUCUGUAUGUAUGUAUGUAAGCAAUUGUUGUAACUCUAUUAUAUGAAUGUAUACUAUAUAAUUUAGUUUAUAUAUCA